AAUCAACCCCUCCUUCAUUCUACCCUUCCUCUCACUCUUGUUUUUUUUUACUGCGGCCGGGUCUCAGCCACAUGGCCGGCAAUACCCACCACCGCACUCCAUUCCUCCGGCCGCCGGAGCUUCCUCUUUCCGGAAGUCCGAGGGAUCUGCUGUAAAUCACACCCUAAUAUUUUCCGUUUCACAGUUUCUCCCGGCCACCAUCAACCGAUUGAUUCAACUUGCAAAGUUGGAGUCUUUGAUUCAACUUGUUGUUGCGUAUGAAUGGCAGAAGCUACGGGAGGGAAAGGAUUGCAGGAGGCAGAGAAGAGGAAGGAACAGAGCGUUCCUUUCUAUAAGCUGUUCUGUUUCGCUGAUAGAUAUGAUUGGAUGCUAAUGGGGUUAGGAAGCUUGGGCGCCGUCGUCCAUGGCGUUUCCAUGCCCGUCUUCUUCCUCCUCUUCGGCCAGAUGGUUAAUGGCUUUGGUAAAAAUCAAACCGAUUUUUACAGCAUGACCCACGAAGUCUCUAAGUAUGCUUUAUAUUUCGUGUAUCUUGGGCUGAUCGUUUGUGCAUCAUCCUACGCCGAGAUAGGGUGUUGGAUGUACAGCGGGGAGAGGCAGGCGGGAGAGUGGAGGAAGAGAUAUUUAGAGGCGGUGUUGAAACAGGACGUUGGCUUCUUUGAUACCGACGCUCGAACCGGCGAUGUUGUCUUCAGCAUCUCCACCGACACGCUCCUCGUCCAAGAUGCCAUCAGUGAGAAGGUGGGGAAUUUCAUUCACUACCUAUCUACAUUCUUGGCGGGAUUGGGGGUUGGUUUUGUAUCAGCAUGGAGGUUGGCUCUGCUCAGUGUGGCUGUAAUCCCUGCGAUUGCCUUUGCCGGCGGAUUAUAUGCUUAUACUCUCACCGGUCUCACGUCCAAGAGCAGCCAAUCAUAUGCCAAUGCCGGAAUCAUUGCCGAACAGGCUAUCGCACAAGUUAGAACAGUAUACUCCUAUGUUGGUGAGAGCAAAGCUUUAACUUCAUAUUCAGAUGCAAUACAGAGCACUCUGAAACUUGGGUACAAGGCUGGGAUGGCUAAAGGGUUGGGCUUAGGUUGCACCUAUGGAAUAGCAUGUAUGUCAUGGGCCCUUGUUUUUUGGUAUGCCGGCGUGUUCAUCAGGAAUGGUGACACUGAUGGUGGAAAAGCUUUUACCGCAAUAUUUUCUGCCAUUGUUGGUGGCAUGAGUUUGGGUCAGUCAUUUUCCAACCUUGGGGCCUUUAGCAAAGGGAAAGCAGCCGGAUACAAACUAAUGGAGAUUAUCAAGCAAAAACCGACGAUACUUCAAGAUCCCAUGUGUGGGACAUACCUAACUCGGGUACGUGGAGACAUUGAGUUCAAAGAUGUAACCUUCAGCUACCCUUCAAGAUCUGAUGUCAUUAUCUUUAGAAAUUUCUCCAUUUUCUUCCCUGCCGGAAAGACAGUGGCAGUUGUAGGCGGCAGUGGCUCAGGGAAGAGCACCAUCGUUUCACUAAUAGAAAGAUUCUAUGAUCCUAAUGAAGGUGAAAUAUUAUUAGACAACGUCAACAUAAAGGCCCUGCAGUUGAGUUGGUUGCGAGGUCAGAUUGGAUUGGUGAACCAAGAACCGGCACUAUUUGCGACCACUAUUCUUGAGAAUAUACUAUACGGAAAACCCAAAGCAACCAUGGCUGAAGUUGAGGCGGCUACAUCUGCUGCUAAUGCUCAUACCUUCAUUUCCUUCCUUCCCAAUGGUUACAACACUCAGGUGGGAGAGCAUGGGGUCCAGCUCUCAGGUGGGCAAAAGCAGAGAAUUGCAAUUGCCAGAGCCAUGCUAAAGAACCCAAGGAUCCUACUGCUAGAUGAAGCCACUAGCGCACUUGAUACUGGAUCAGAGAGCAUCGUCCAGGAAGCUCUGGACCGGCUCAUGCUUGGCAGAACCACCAUAGUUGUUGCUCACCGCCUCUCCACAAUCCGAAACGUCGAUUUCAUUGUAGUCAUACAUCAAGGCAGAGUUGUUGAAUCGGGAAGCCACGAAGAACUGUCAGGAAAACCUGGUGGGGCAUAUUCUUCCCUAAUCAGACUACAAGAAGCGGUUGGGACACAUGACCCAUCAACACACCGGUCACGCUCAUCACGUCUAACCCAUUCCUUGUCGACAAAGUCACUGAAUCUCCGGUCCGGCAGUUUGAGAAACCUGAGCUAUUCCUACAGCACCAGCGCUGAUGGUCGGAUAGAAAUGGUAUCGAAUGCUGAGUCUGAGAAGAAGACACGAGCCCCGCAUGGCUACUUCUGUAGGCUACUUAAGCUGAACUCCCCAGAGUGGCCCUACGCGGUUAUGGGAGCCGUCGGGUCAUUGUUGUCCGGUUUUAUUGGUCCGGCCUUUGCCAUAGUUAUGAGUAACAUGAUUGAGGUUUUCUACUACACAAAUCCGGUCACCAUGGAACAGAAAACAAAGGAGUACGCAUUUGUUUACAUCGGGAUAGGGAUUUAUGCAGUGGUCGCUUACUUGAUUCAGCAUUACUUCUUUAGCAUUAUGGGGGAGAAUCUCACCACAAGGGUGAGAAGGAUGAUGCUGGCAGCAAUUUUAAGAAAUGAAGUGGGAUGGUUUGAUGAGGAGGAGAACAAUUCAAGUCUUGUUGCAGCUCACUUGGCCACAGAUGCUGCAGAUGUAAAAUCUGCCAUUGCUGAGAGAAUCUCAGUUAUACUGCAAAACAUGACCUCUCUACUCACCUCCUUCAUUGUUGCAUUUAUUGUGGAAUGGAGGGUCUCCCUACUCAUUCUUGGCACAUUUCCACUCCUAGUCCUUGCUAACUUUGCUCAGCAACUGUCGCUCAAAGGGUUUGCCGGAGAUACGGCAAAAGCACAUGCAAAGACGAGUAUGAUUGCAGGGGAAGGGGUAAGCAACAUCCGGACCGUUGCAGCCUUCAAUGCCCAAGAGAAGAUACUCUCUUUGUUUGCUCACCAACUCAAAGUUCCACAAAGACAAAGCCUAGGGCGCAGCCAAUUGUCAGGACUCUUAUUUGGUCUCUCCCAGCUCGCCCUUUACUCCUCUCAAGCUUUGAUUCUGUGGUACGGGGUUCACCUCGUUGACAAAGGCUUAUCUACAUUCUCAAAGGUCAUCAAAGUCUUUGUAGUCCUUGUCGUGACUGCCUACUCGGUCGCUGAGACGGUCAGCCUGGCUCCCGAGAUAGUUAGGGGAGGUGAGUCUGUUGCCUCCGUGUUUUCCAUCCUCGACCGCCGUACCAUGAUAGACCCUAAUGAUCCUGAUGCGGGUCCAGUUGAGUCAAUCCGAGGCGAUAUCGAGCUGCGCCACAUAGACUUUUCAUACCCAUCACGCCCUGAUGUGUGUGUUUUCAAGGACUUGAACCUCAAGAUCCGUGCCGGUCAAAGUCAAGCCCUCGUUGGGGCUAGCGGUUCAGGUAAGAGUUCGAUCAUUGCUCUAAUAGAACGGUUCUAUGAUCCUACGGUUGGAAAAGUCAUGAUUGAUGGGAGAGAUAUAAAGAGAUUGAACUUGAAGUCACUUAGACUAAAGAUUGGUUUGGUCCAACAAGAGCCGGCACUUUUCGCAGCUAGCAUUUUAGAGAACAUAUCUUAUGGUAAAGAAGGAGCAACGGAAGGAGAGGUGAUGGAAGCCGCCUUGCAGGCAAACAUGCACACAUUCAUAACUACGCUGCCCGAAGGAUACAGAACUCAAGUAGGUGAAAGAGGGGUCCAACUCUCGGGUGGCCAAAAACAGCGGAUUGCCAUCGCCCGAGCAGUUCUCAAGGAUCCGACUAUACUUUUAUUGGAUGAGGCAACGAGUGCCCUAGAUGCAGAGUCUGAGUGUGUCGUACAAGAAGCCCUUGAGAGGCUGAUGAGAGGUAGGACGACCGUUCUUGUUGCCCAUAGGCUGUCAACGAUUAGGAACGUUGAUUAUAUUGGAGUUGUGCAAGACGGUCGUGUAGUCGAGAACGGAAGUCAUUCGGAGCUUAUCACGCGGCCAGAAGGUGCAUAUGCAAGACUUCUUCAACUUCAGAACCAUCAUGUAUGAGGCUAUGAGCCAUGUAAAAGACAUGCAUCUAUUUAAGGUCUCAUUAACAUUAUUUUCUCCCUUCACCGGGGUUUUUACGUAGUUGUAGAUAUCGGAGCACGGAAUCAUAAUCUCAUAUGUACUCUCAUUUGAGCUUCAUCAUUAUUAUACGGAGUAUGAGUUUUUUUCAAAAAUAUUAUUAAAAUAAAAUUUAUUAGCACAAAUAUGAUUAAUA